AUGUGCGCGCAGCAGCACUGUUCAGAAGCGCCAAUCGUUGAGCCGCAAUUUGGGCGACCUCGGCGUAUCCGUGCUCGCGGAUCGCGGAUGUUCCGCAUUCAGCAAUUGUCACGCGGAUUACCCUUGCCGGGGCGCUUCCUUCUGCAGGCAGUUUCGAGCCCGUCAGCGUCGCCCAGGGGAGUUGCGAAUCUCAUGGCGCCGAGGAAGCGCGCCCGCAGGGGCGAUGCCCUCCGCCGUCCCGCCACGCCCCCCGCUGCUCCUGAUGGCGUUGUCAAUGGGAAUGACGCAUCUGUGGCGAUAUCCUCACUCGAAGCGAAUGCGGGGGAAGGCCAAAUGCCGGAGACUCUUUGUCAGGAAGCGCCACCCAGAGCAUCCUCGCCACAACCUGUGCGCAUGGCUCGAGAAACCUGGUCUGGAUACUUUUCUGCACACGGGGACGCAACCAAAGGAAGGUCGACGUCUGGUGGCAGGACCAUACAGAGCAUAACAACCAGCGCUGAAUUGAGAGGUUCGGACAAUGCUCCUGAGAGUGAAAGCUGUGCACCGCAUUCACCCAACGAGGAGAUAACACGCGUGCAGCGUUGUUGGUUUGGAAUGGUCAAGAUCCAAAAGACAGUUGAAUCGAUCCUUGUCGUCGCACUGCUGCUUUGGUGUGCGAAGCUAGGCAGAAAUGUUGGAGUCCGGAAACUACUUGGGGGUGAGGAUGGUACAAGGCUUGAAUUUCUUUCAAGUUCUCUGCGUGAACUGGAAGGAAAAUUUGAAGAACUUCGAGCAGAAGUACAAACAGAGCUUUUGCAGAUAAAGAAUUAUACAGAAAUGCACAUAUUGAGAAUGGGAGAAAUGGAAGCGCUGAUGACGCCUGCGAGGACUCUCCAGAUUUUUCCUCGGCUGCUGGGGGUGGGAAGGUUGUCGCUCACUCUCGUCUGGCGGACGGCGGUUGGUGCCAUGGAAACAGAGCUCACCCCCUUUGCCUGCUUGGAGCGAUGCCCUUCGUCAAGGAAGCACUUCACGGCAUAUUUGUCCAUCCUCGCGCUGACCAGUUUCUACUCGCACGGCACGCCGUUCCCGGCCAGUGCCUCCCCCUGA